AUGAGCGAGCACGUCUACCAUGGACCGUGGGUCAACUGGGCACACGGCACAAUUCGUGGUGCCACUCUUACCUUGAGCAAUAGAAGUGGUGCCCUCCUCACAGCCUUCAUCGCUUUCUUCGUGACCCUAGUCGGAGCACAACUGUUUAAGAUUCUUACAUACAUUUUCCACCAGUCACGGAGCAGAUCUUCAGCCCAAGAUGGCCUAUUCCAUCAGCAACAAGUCGUCUUCCGGAACAGCUCUUCGCCUGGAGCCACAGCUUGGACAUUCCUCAUGCAAGGAUGGACGUGGAACGGCAAAACAAGAAUGACCCUCAUGAGGACGAUUCCUUGGGCUCUCUUCUGCUUGGCUUAUGCCUUGUUAUUCGCUGCAGCAGCAACUUUCUCCUCGGGAAUCACAAAGACUCCAGGCACAUCCAGGCUAAUUAUUGGCGAAACUUGUGGUUAUUGGACAGCUAACGAUAACACCAAUGUAGAGUCUGUGCAAGCAUUUGCUCGCUAUGUUGCAAAUGAGAGUCUUGCAGCUGCAGCUUAUGCUCGAUCUUGUUAUGGUGGUAGCUUUGACGUUCUCAGGUGCAGCAAGUUUCUGGAGCCUUCCCUUCCAUUGACGGCCAAUGCAAACGCCGCUUGUCCAUUUACAGGUGAUAUAUGCAGCAGUGGAAAGAACUCUGCAUACGAGCUGACCUCGAGAGUUGAUUCACUGCACGACCUUGGCAUCAAUUCGCCUCAUGGAAAUCGUCUGCAAAUCGAGAGAGUCUCUACAUGUGCCCCCAUCAACCAGAAAAGAUUUGUUAACGUUUUCAGUGGUACCGAUGUGGUCAGCCAAAACUACACUUUACAAUACAACGACCAUACGGUAAUGGAUAUGGUUGGUUACAAGCUGUCUAUGGAAACCGCAAAUGCAGGCUCAAGCAAUACCUGGCAACCAAUACCUGAGCUAAACCGCACUGAUGCCGAUGUUACGAUAAUCGGCCUCAUGCAGAAUGCAGUCACCUGUUCCGAGCCUGUGGACGACCCGAUGUUUGCUGCUACAAAUGUUUACGAUUUGAGCGCGGUUGUAGCUGGAGCAAAAUAUUAUGGUGCCGACAAUUAUGUAACCACAAUGGCUUGCACAGAUCAGUACAAGAUCUGCAAUCCUGAUAACGACAAAUGCACACCACUAGGCGGUAUCAACCAGAUUCUGCCUUGGAUUGGCUUUAAUGAUGCUGAACUCGACCUCGACGAUAUUCAGGAAGCUAUUGCAACACGCUUAAUACGCAGUGCCCAAACAGGCUCAAUCAGGCAGGUCCUGUUUGCGCUCGCGGAAAACGCUCUACUUGCGAAAGAUCUACUUGUGGGCGGACUGAUGUCCUCGGGCCUACCAGCUAAUCAAUGGCAGCGCGAGGUGGAAGGUUGGCUAGGUAAAGGACUUGCCGACUACCAGCGCAAGAUUGUUGAAUAUGCUGCUGGUCCCCCAAACAUUGUUCCUGGCAGCUACGUCGAACAGCCAUGGAAAGACGAUAGUUCAGCGACUGCACUCGCCACAAAGGCCAUGUGCUACAGCCAGGUGAUCAAUGAUACAACGGACACCAUCUCCUUCUCAAUACUUGGCAUGAUCAUCCUCUUCGUCAUUGGUGGCACGAUUGUAUUCAUCUCGCUCUUUGUUGAUACCGUUGUUGGGUGGAUUCAGAAGACAUGCCGCAUUGGUGAGCACGCUCGUAUGUGCUGGCUGCUCGAUGACAAGCUCCAGCUUCAUCGAUUUCUAAAUCAGGAGCUAGGGCAUGGGUCGUGGAGCGACGACUAUGAAGCCAUGCCUUACACGACAUCUCACCAGCUAUUUCAAACGCUGGGUGUGGCACACGAGAAGAACAUCAGCAAGGGAUCAACAGGUCAAGCCAGCCCUCAGCCGUCGGUCUAUCAGCCUCCUGUCUACCAAAACACUGCGCCUUCGUUUCCACCAUCUCCAAUGCAGACUGGAUCGUACACCAAAUAUACACAAAUCAGUACAGUCGAAGACAAUUGGAUGGGCAAGCCUUGA